AUGGCUCGAGUGCGCCUGUUUCUGGCUGUAGGGGCCCUGCUGCUCGGCAAUGUCUGCGCGGCGGAUGAGCAGCUCUACCCCCGAGGGAACCAGACCGAGUCGGCCAACAAGAAUGCGCAGCCGCCCAAGGCCGAAUGCGAUUACUGUCCGCCUGAUCCCUACUGCGAGGAAAACUGUGCGUGGAAAACGAAGACGACCACGACGACAGAGUACUGCACAGUGACAACUACGGAAUACUGUACCGUCACUGAAACCGUCACCCACAACUAUACUUCAGUCUCUACAAGCACCAAAUAUAUCCAUACGACUGACUAUGUGCCCACGACAAAACGCACGACGGCGACAAAGACGACAACAGACUAUGUGCCCACAACUUACUACUCUACGUCGGUGCUCACCACAAGCUAUCCCGUGACAGUCAUUAGUGACCACACCACCUCGUCCACCAUCUAUCGGACAGAGUACAGUACUUUGACCAACACCUAUAGCACUAUCGUUACUGCUCCUGGCCCGACGACCACUUUGCCCGGUACCACGGUGGUCGAGACUUCAGUGUUGACAACCAGUUACCCAGUCACCGUCAUCAGCGACUCAACAAUCUACACCACAGAGUACAGCACAAUGACGAACAGCUACACGACGGUCGUGACGGCGCCCGGCCCUACGAUCACGCAGCCAGGAACCACACGUAUCGAGACGUCGAUCUCGAUCGUCCCGCCGGUGACAACGACUGUCACCGAAGCCGGGACCACCAUUAUCCGGACUCUUCCUGCGUCCACUAUCACUGUGACUCGCACGAUCACGGAGGAGCCGCGUACUGAGACUUUGACUACUUCAGUAAUCAGCUCAGUCGUGGUCUGUCCGGCGCCAACCAACAGUCCCGGAUUCAAUCCCGUCUUUGAUGUGAAAUCGAACCUCACAUGGGGCUGCCCUCCGGGUUAUAUCUGCAACCCGCCCAAACCACAGGGCUGCAAUACUUGGGAAGGCCCUCCAGCGGACAAUUAUGUUUGCAAUCCUGGCUGCUGCAUGCCCGCCCCGGACUAUGAGCUCGUCCUGUGGCCUCCGGGCGAGACAGGGCAUUUCCCCCUGCCCCAAGGCUACUACCCUCUCCCGCCCCCAGCGUUUGGCCUCAGCUAUGAUAUCUUUGAAGAAGAGGUCAUAGUUGAGCGCAUUGGUGACCGCCUCACCACGAUCACGACUGGGAACUGGGCAUCGCAGGCAACGUAUUCCCACUGGCCAUUAACGACAUCGACAUCGUCUUCGACAUCAACAGUACCCUCGUAUCCUACAAACUACGGGUCAUAUGGUUAUAAGGUGCCACGCUCUCAAUUGCGCAAGCGCGAUGAUACGAUCGUGCCUGCUGUGUGUUUUGAUAUCUGCAAUGAUGCGUAUAUGGAGGCUUUGCGCCGUGGCAAGGUCCCUGAAUUAUGCAAUAACGGCUCUGCCUUUUUGGAGUAUCACGACAAUUGCUUGAAGUGCCAGUCUGAUAACAGUGAUCCAACGAAAUUGACCGACAAGAAGACUCUCCCAGAAGCGUUUGCUCAAUAUAUCGGCUAUUGUGAAGCUACGCCUCCCCAGUCGCAAGCAACAUCCGCCACCACGCCUCAAGGCCAACAGAGCAGCGCACCGCCGGCUCAGACAACGCCGCAGGGGCAGCCAAGUACCGAGGGCAGUACGAGUUUGAUUCCGCCGACUACUUCAAGCCCACCCAGCACCUCACCCCCAGCCUCGCCUUCGUCUACCACACAGCCUCCCUCACCCAUACCGUCUACAUCGGAACAAUCUUCGCCUCCAGCCUCCAGCAGUCCCUCAGUCCCAACUGAUACGACAACUCCAACCACUGCCACGACUAGUACUGGAGCAGGGUCGUCGACAACAUCCACUGGGACGGGAGGUGGUUCCUCGACAAGUACUGGUACCACCUCUACCACAGAGACCACUCUGCCGGGUGAAAACAAGCCAUCAUCCACGACUGGUACUUCCGCAACUGAAAGCCCGCCCGGCACGACUACAUCAGCUGCAUCACCCAUCGGAGGCCCAGGAUCGUCGAAUCAGACUUCUUCAGGGACAUCGUCAGCCACCUCCUCAGGGCCAGGGUCAAGCUCUGGUUCUGGUACUGGUUCUGGUUCGGGGUCCACCGGCACGGGCGGUGCUUCCGGCAUUGGAACUGGCACACAUCCGCCAACCGGUACCACGUCGGGACCUGCUACACUCCCAACCGCCUUUGCGGUGCGCCUGCAGCCGUCCUCCGUGGCUGCAGCCUUUGUGUCUCUCACGCUCUCUCUUCUACUUCUAUGA